AUGUCAAUUUCAACACCGUCAAGCUACAAACUAUCAACUUUCUCCAACGGUGGAGGCAACGAUUCAACGACGAUCAAGGUGAUCGGAAGUCGAACUUUCGCUUGUUUCAAAGAGAUUUUCGAUAUCGAAUCUCGGUUGAAAUUAACUUCACCACCAUCAGUUUAUUCGCACCGCUUAGCGUUAACUAACCGCGCGUUUACGCGUCACUGCGUUCGGCCGGAUUCUGCUGGUAACAGGACUAGUAGCUCAUUGGAAGGGGAAAAUGGUGAUUUUGAUGGUGAGUCUAGGGUUUUAGAGAUUGGAAUCGAUUAUCAACAGAAAAUUGACGGCGGUAGCAGUGGCGACGGCGGAGAUGAUGGAGGCGGUAAUUCAUUUGGUGGCGGCGGCGGUGGUGAAGGUGACAAUGAGGAAGAGAAAGAGUUCGGGCCGAUAUUGAAGUUUGAAGGGGUGAUGAAGGAAGCGGAAGCUAGAGGAGUGAAGCUGCCUUCGGAUAUGAUGGAAGCUGCGAAAAGUAACGGAAUCCGGAAAUUGAUCUUUCUUCGUUACUUGGAUUUACAGGGAUCGGUUUGGCCACUUGGCUUUUUUAUGAAACACUGCUCUAUGCUUCGGAACCGAAUGCUAGCAGAUCCUUCAUUUCUCUUCAAAGUUGGAACAGAGAUAGUAAUUGAUUCUUGCUGUGCAACAUUUGCGGAAAUAAAGAAAAGGGGAAAUGAUUUUUGGUCAGAGUUUGAGUUGUACCUUGCUGAUCUUUUGGUUGGUGUAGUGGUUGACGUUGCUUUGGUUGGUAUGUUAGCACCAUAUGCUCGGUUUGGUCAACCAUCUGCAUCCAGAGGUUUAUUUGGUCACUUACAACAUGCUUGUUCUGCUCUUCCUAGCAGUGUUUUUGAAGCUGAAAGACCAGGAUGUAAAUUCUCAGUGAGACAACGGAUUGCGACAUAUUUUUACAAGGGUGUCUUGUAUGGCUCGGUAGGGUUCAGCUGUGGUCUUGUUGGGCAAGGCAUUGCAAAUCUGAUAAUGACUGCCAAACGGAGCAUAAGGAAAUCAGAUGAGGACAUUCCUGUUCCACCUCUUGUGAAAAGUGCUGCUCUUUGGGGUGUUUUCCUCGCGGUAUCUUCCAACACUCGUUAUCAAUUUAUUAAUGGACUAGAGCGUCUUGUAGAAGCAUCACCCGUUGCCAAGCAGGUUCCACCUGUUGCAAUGGCUUUCACGGUAGGUGUACGGUUUGCCAACAAUAUUUAUGGUGGAAUGCAAUUUGUAGAUUGGGCCAAAUGGAGUGGGGUGCAAUAGGAACAAUAUCCAUUCUCUGCCACAGCACUUCUUGGAUGGGGAAGACCCACCAGGAUAGCACCCAACAAUCAAAAUGAACCCCAAAGAUGGAGCAAAAGAAAAGAAUUAGAAACAUAGAAUGAUAGAAGCAUCAGUUGAAAGAAGUAGAUUUUGCAUUGAUUAGCCUUUUUUCACUUGCAUGGAUGGCCAAAGGAUUCCAUUUUUUUGGUCAGCAUUGAUGUUCAUGUUGAAGGUUGAUUUUUCUUCUCAAUGCUUGGACCUACCAAUAGAAUUGAGUUCCCUUUCAAUUCUUCUCAUCUUACCCCAACAUUUAUAUCUGAAAAAAAGAAAGCAAUAAAAGAAAAAACUUUGGAUAUGCAUAGAUUACUACUACAGUUUUGAGGCAAGCAUUUCAUACCGGGUUGAAUUGAAAUGCAUUAUGAGGACAAUUUGUAUAUUUUCUUCGUUUCACUUGAUUCAACUCGUUGAAAUCCCUUUCCCUACCUUCACAGAAAAAACCAUCUCUUCUUUUUUGUGAAAAAAGAUUUAAACUUCACCAGCAUUUUCGAUUCAAGUCCUUUUGAAGGCUGUGAAAAAGUAAUCUUUCAUGAAUUUUUUAAGUUUUACCUAGAUAAAUCUGCUUGGAUAGGAUUGGAGAGAAAUAUAUUCGGCGAAAUUUAGGAAUUCUUUAGGGCUAAAUAAAAAAAUUUUUCUAAUGACUGAAAAUUUUUUGAGAUAUGCAUGAUGUACCGGAUUUAAACUAUUUAUGUACACAUGAUGUACUGGAUUUGAAGUCUCAAGAAUCU